AUGUAUAGCGUGACCUGCAUCCUGUGCGUGAGGACGGUCUUGGUGUCGAAGACGAGUCUAACCGAGAUCGCGAACCAGGGCUUCUUCGAGCUCACCCCCGAGUCCAAGUUCGGGAUCAGCUACUGCAGCAAGUGCAUGAAGAAGUUCUUGGACGAGGACGACUGCUUCAGCAUGUAUACGUGCGCGGGCAACGCCAUCAGCCUGAGCAUGAUCGGGAGCUGGAGGCCGUACAUGAUCCUGAGCAACAACCUGGGUUCGAACGGGUUCCUGAAGAUUGACGAGGACGAGGAGCGGGAUAUAUAUGUGAUCAGGAGCAACAUCGAGUACGGCCACGGCUAA